UGUCAAUAAUUUAUUUAACAAAUUAAUCAACAACAAUGGGUUUAAUUAAAUUUGCUGUUAAAUCAAGUAUCGUUGGAGGAUUAAUUUAUUAUACUGUUGAAGAAGGUCUAUGGUCAAAUUCAGAUGACAGUAUUAAAUUUUGCACAAAAUUAUAUAAUAAUAUUACUCCAUAUUUAACAAAUAAUACUGUCAAAGAUGUUGUUAAAGAUAAAUGUGUUGUACUUAAUGAUUUACCAAAUAUAUCAACAAUGACAAAUUGUGCCAGAGGAAUGUGGAAUAUAGGUGUUAAAAAAAGCAUUAAUUAUGUAUCUGAAUUGCCAACACAUGCAACAAAUGGUGUUGAUACAGUAAUGUCAUCUCCAACAAUUAAAAAUGCAAUUGAAAGUUUUAAAAAUUCAAAUGAACAAACAUCAACAAAAAGUCAAUAAAUAAACCU